GUCACAAGGUGGCGCUUCUAAUGACCUGCCCUGUCGGACCGCUCGGAGGAGUUUCUGACCCCUGGAAGAAGCAGGUGCACGCAGUCGAAGAAGCACCGGUCUAGGAGCUGUGCACUCCUGCUGGGAAUCUUUCUGAAGCUCCAAGACUAAGACUGGUGCAGGACCCCACAAGAUUUGCUGCUACCAUGAGAGACACAGUGCCUGCAGAGUCAGAGACUGAAAUUACAGUGGAAGAACCCGAAGGACAGAAUGGUUCAGUUUGCCAUGAUGAUCAUCACAUAUCCCAAAUAGAAGAGACAGAGACGUCUGACACUACAACCCUUAUAGUAGACAACAAUAUAAGAACACAGGAGGACGCUACAAGCAAACCUGAUGUUCCCAAACCAUGCUGUCCUGGGCUCGGCUUGUUCUACGCGUUUUGUUCCUGUUUCUUCUUCUCUUCCGCUUCUCUGUGUGUGAAGCUGAUAUCACGAGACAAUCCCAUGAGCCCCCUGGAGAUAACGCUAUUCCGCCACAUUAUAACCGGCCUGUGCCUCCUUCCAGCCAUGAUAUACUUAAAGGUGCCAAUCCUGGCUAGGCCGGGACAGAGAAUGAUUCUGACGUUACGCGGACUCUUCGGUGCUUCAGCGCUGUGUUUCUCGUACUACGCGGUCCAACACAUGCCUCUUGCAGAUGCCUCUGUCGUGAUAUUCAGCUCGCCAAUUUUCACAGGGAUUUUCGGACGAAUCUGUUUGAAGGAGCGCUAUGGACUGUUUGACAUCUUGCUAACGUUCGUGACCUUCGCGGGAGUUGUGCUGAUCGCAAGGCCAGCAUUUCUCUUUGGAGGUGAUGCCGCAAGUUAUGGAACCACGGAACACUUGUUAGCGACUGGAUCUGCGUUUUUGACCGCGAUGUUGAGUGCCUUAGCGUUUAUUGUCAUGAGGAAGAGCAGUGCAGGGCUUGGAAUCCACUACCUUGUCCAGAUCAUGUUUUUGUCAAUAGUCGGUACAAUCGGCACGGUCAUAGUUUUAGCGAUAACAAGGGGUUUCACUCUUCCACCAUGUGGUAUUGACAGGUAUUUCCUUAUAGCAGUAGGAUUGGGUGGUCUGGUUGGGCAAAUUUUUAUGACAAAGUCAUUCCUGUAUGAAAAAGCUCAUGCCAUAGCAGUGGUGAGAACAAUGGAUAUUGUCUUUGCAUUCGUUUUCCAGUAUCUGUUCCUUAACCACACACCGACAUGGCUAAGUGUAGGAGGAGCGAUACUUGUUGCCAGUGGAACAGUUGGACUGGCCGUCAAGAAGUGGUAUGUGUCUUCUAAAGCUGACAGCAAAGUGAAUAGAUAAUUUUUUAUACAUGUCAAAGGUAUUUAAGUAACCCUGUUUCCUUUUUGAGUUUUCCACAGCUUGGAAACUUGAAUAUCACAAAGGUGAAAUGUGAUAAAAUUGUCAAAGAGAACAAUAAAGAUUGACUAUAAUUUGUA